AUGAUAAAAAAAGUCCUUUUCUUUACAUUUUUUGUCUACAUAAUAGUAAGAAAAUAUGAAAUAAUUUCAAAUGAGAAUGCAAAAAGAGAUGCUCAUAAUUUUAAAUUAUUUCGGAAAGAGAAAACUUAUAAUUGUCUAACGGAUGUAAGUAUAACAACAAGGAUAGACAGAACAAAUGGAAGAGAUAGUUACACCACAUGGAACGAUGAAGCAUUGUUUGGAAAAGACCACGAAGAAGGAGUAGAAAAAAAUAUAUACUCAAUAAAACAUAAUGAAAUAUUAUUAUACGAGUAUAAGGAUGAAAAUGCACAUGAACGUAGUAGUUGCAGACUCGUGAGUAACGAUGUGGUAGAGAGAGGUACAGGUAGACUCACUAUUUUCAACAAAGAAGAUAUAAAGGAAAAUUUAUUUUUAUUUAUUAAAAAAGGCAUAAAUGGACUUAACAACAUAUCUGUGAAGUGCAUGUCCAAUAAGGUAAAACGGAUAGGAGAUAAUCCCUGUGAAGGAAAGACAUAUGAGGAGGAUGGCAAUGCUGAUGACUACGAUGAUGACUAUGAUGAUAACUAUGAUGAUACCAAAAAAAGGAAAAAAAAAAAAAAAAAAAAAAUUUCCUUAAAAAGUAUUAUAAGGAAAUUCUUCCUAAUGUUCUUGCAUGCUCAGGAAAAAACGCACGGAUUUGUUAUGUGGAGAAGUACACAUACUAAUAGGUAUGUAUCUCGGGAAGGCAGGUAUUUGGAGGAGGACAUACCAGGGGAUGACGAGUAUGUAGAAGAAGGUAGAGAGGAAAACGACGGUGCGGAAGAAGGUGGAACAGAUAACGACGGUGCGGAAGAAGGUGGAACAGAUAACGACGGUGCGGAAGAAGAUGGAAUAGAUAACGAUGGUGCGGAAGAAGAUGGAAUAGAUAACGACGGUGUGGAAGAAGAUGGAAUAGAUAACGACGGUGUGGAAGAAGAUGGAGAGGAAAACGACGGUGAGGAAGAAGGUGGAAUAGAUAACGACGGUGCGGAAGAAUAUGGAGAGGAGAACGACGGUGCGGAAGAAGAUGGAAUAGAUAACGACGGUGCGGAAGAAGAUGGAAUAGAUAACGACGGUGCGGAAGAAGGUGGAGAGGAAAACUACGAUGCGGAAGAAGGUGGAAUAGAUAACGACGGCGAUGAAUAUUCAGACGAAAGUAACUCUCCAACUUACGAAUUGCAGGGAAUGGAGGAUCAGGAAUAUAACGAAAGUAGUACUCAUAGCGACUACGGACAAGAGGGUGAUAUAUCUAUGUCCUUACAAGAUUUAAAUGACGAUAUAGACAAAGUAAAUGAAGAGUUUGAAGUGACCAUAAGCGGAGAAGAGGGAGUUCCAAGUUUACAAACUGAGCAAUUUUCAUCAAAUAAUACAAACAAAGAAUAUGUGUGUGAUUUCACAGAACAAAUAAAACCAAUAGAAGAAAAGUCUAAAGUAAAAAAUUGCAAUAUAAAGAUAACAGAUCCUUUAGGUAAGAUAAAAAUAAUAUGUCCAGUAGUUAAUUCGGAAGAGAAGUCAUACAAAUCGAUUGAAUACUUUCCGAAAAAGGCUCCAUUUGUUACAUUAUAUAUAGGAGAAUCAAAAGGUGGAAAUGAAAAAUUGAAAGAAAAGAAGCUGUCUGAAUUGAUUUAUGGCAUACUUAUACCUCCUAAAGUGAAUGAGAAAAAAAAUGAUUUUGAACAGGGAAGCAUAGAAUUUAUACUUCCUCCAAUGGUUGAUAAACAGACUACAAUAUAUUUCAUAUGUGAUAAUUCUAAAUCAACAGAUGAUGAUAAAAAAGGGAAUAGAGGAGUAGCAGAAAUAACAAUAGAGCCAUACGGAAAAUUAAUUAAAGGAUGUGAUUACUCAGAACAGAAUAAAACAUUUUUCCAAAAAAAAAUAGACAUAAAAAAUAGCACAUAUCCAUGUUUAUUUCAAUUAAAUAGUGGAGAUAUUGGUGGAAUUAUGUUUCCUGGUAAUACAAAAUCGACUACAUGUUUUGAAGAAAUGAUUCAACAUACAAACCAUAGUAAAUGGGAUAAGAAAAAAAAAAGCUUAACUGAAUUGAUCAACAGUGCAGUAAUUUAUAAUAAAGAUAGAGAUGAGAAAUAUUUUAAUGUUAAAUAUGUGCAUAUACCAUCCAGUUUUAGAGAUUCGUUAAGCUUAUUUUGUACUAUUACUCUAAAUGAUGAUUCCUCUUUUUUAGUAUAUGUAGGCAUAAACCAUGAAAUUAAUAUGUCGUUGUUUGAAUUACUAGGUGCAUUUCAUGCAUUAAAUAAAAUAAAUCAAGUAGCAGUAAAGACACAGGGAAAAGAAGAAUUUACUUGUGAUUUCACAGAUGUAUUAGAUACUCCAUCAUCGGGAGGAGAGGAAAAAAAAGUAAUAAUAUGUAAAAAAAAUUUAAAAGAAUUUGAUAUAUUUAAAAUGAAAUGUAAUAUGGAUGAAGGGAAAUAUAAAGAUAUGGAGAUGCUUCCCAAAACGUUAAAAACUAAGAAGGAUGUAUAUAAAUUUGAGUUCGAUAUACAAUACCAUUUUUUAAAAAAGUACAUGAAUUUUCAUAUGAAAAAUGCCCAAUAUUAUAAUGAAUACCCAUCUUUAUUUGUAUUUCCUUUUAAUAAAAUUGCAAAAAAUGAAAUUAAAAAAAAUGCUCUUUUAAAAAACCAUAAAAAUGCAAAAUAUUUUGAAGAGUCUCUUUCUUCUACCGAUACUAUUGUUCAUAUGUUGACCUACUUAGACUCACAAGAUAUUAUACCUAUUAAUGAACAUAUUCGUUACUUAAACGUAGAUGUAAACGAUUCUGAUAGUAGUACUUUAGAUGUAACGAUUCAAAUUCCUCCAUAUAUAGAAACAAAUCAACCAUUUUAUUUUCUUAUGGGUUGUAACAACAGUAAAGCAGGUGGAAAUAUUGGAGUGGUAGAACUACUAAUAUCUAAGAAUGAACAGAAGAUAAAGGGAUGUAAUUUCCAUCCAACAAAGGUUGAUUAUUUUUCUGAAAAUAUUGAAUCUUCUACAAAUGAGUGUACAGUAGAUGCGUAUAAAGAUGAUAUAAUCGGUUUGAACUGUUUAAAUACUAUAUAUACAGAAGAAGAGGAUUCUACAAAUAUUUCCCUCGACCCAGAAGAUUGCUUUAAAAAUGUGUAUGAAAAUAAUUUAAAAAAAGAUAUGAACGAAAUACUAGGAGGGGUACAGGUGUAUAAUAUAAAUGGCAAAGCAACACCAACAUUUUUGAAAAUUCCUGUCCACAAUAAGGAAGAAGAUAUAAAAGUGAGCUGCAAAUGUACAGUAAACGCAGUUGUAAAAGAAAUGAAAAUAAUUAUUAAGAAAGCUACUAACGUGGACGAUGAAAAAAAUCUUAAAAAGGAAAUUAACACAGUCGCUAUUAAUGAAGAUAAUCUUUACAUAUGUGAGAACAAAACAUAUAUCGAACCGGCUUUAGUCAAAUGGGACGAUAAGAACAUAGAACAUACAUGUACAAUCGAAGCAACAGAAUUUUUAAAUUAUGUAGAAAUCUUCUGCCCUUCGAAAGAUUUUCUUAUAUAUGAAAAUAUUAACAUUAUGUAUAAUACAAUAAAGCCAACAAAGGAAGAUGAAUUGAAGAUAUUCACUCAAAAAGAAUUAGAAAAAUUGAUACCUCACUCUGAGUUAUUACAUAAAACCAGAGGGAUGAUAGAUCAUUAUAAACAGGAGAAGGUAGACUUAUCUCAUCUAUAUAUUUUUUUCCCAUACUACAUAAAGGAGGAGCAUGAAUUUAGAAUUACAUGUGAUAAUAGCAACACUCAUUAUAAUAACAAGAAAGGAACAAGAGUAAUAUAUAACAUUAAAAUUCCAAAGAGGGAAAAAAAAAAAAUUAAAGGAUGCGAUUUCAGUGAAAGUAGUAAAGCAGAAAUAUUUGAAAAUGUAAAAGACGGGGAAAAAUGCACAGUUGAUGCAUCUACAAAAGAUAUUGUAGGUUUUGUUUGCCCCUCAGGCACAGUCAAACUAACUAGCUGUUUUAGAGAUGCUAUUGUAAAUGAUAAUGUAACUAAUAUUUCACACCUACUCAAUUUAAAAAAUAAUAUGGCCAAUUAUACAUAUAAACAUCAAUUUAACUAUAUAGAAAUACCAGUUGUUACAAGUGCUGAUUUAACCUUUAAAUGUAUUUGUGUCUAUCUUGGAAAAAAUUAUAACGUAAAAGCAGCAUCGUUAAGUCCAACUCUACUAGAUAUUAUCUACAAAAAGAUGAAAAUUAAAAAGGAUGAUUAUAACAAAGGUGUUGCUUCUAAAAAGAAAUAUGUUAUGAGUACAAUGAAUAUGUACUUAUCUCAUAAAGCAAAUACUAUUAUUUCUCUUUUUAAUGAAAUAGAAAAUAAAAGGAAAACACAGUCUGAUGAAAAUCCUGAUGACAUUAUAGAUGCACUAGCUUCUAGUGAUACAUGUAAUUAUUCAUCUGGUUUUGGUUCUGAUCCAAAUGAUGGAGUAAUAGAAGAAGUACACAAAUCACUAGAUGAGUAUGAUUCAUGGGAAAAUAUAUACGAUGAUGAAAUAGAAAAAGAAAUUACAACAGAUAUACAAGAAUUAGAACAAAGUGCAUUCAAAAUAUAUACCCUAGAAGUUAAUCUAAAGGCACCAAAACUAAUGAAACCAGUAAAGGUUGGUGAUAAUAUACACGUGUGCGAUUUUUCUAAAAAGAAUCUACUUAUCUCUAACUCUGCAAAAGGAGGAAUAGAAACAAAUAUACACUGUUACACUGAGAUGAAACCACUAGAUGUUUUGUAUGUAAAAUGCCCUACAGGAACUGAUGCAUAUGUUACUGCAAAGGCAGAGAAAGAAGAGGAAGAGCAUGAUGAACUGCAAAAAGAAGUUAUUGCACUCAUUGGGGAUGUCAAAUCAGAAAGUACAUUGGCAUUAGAAAUAGAUUCCACACCUCUAGAUGAUAGCACUUUUGAAAAAUGUUUCACUAAAUUUAGUCUAAAGCCGAAAAACUUCUUUGAAAUGGUUAUAAAUGAAGAAGAAGAGGAUGAUAAAGAAGUAAGUUUGAGUGAACUUCUACCUGGAGUUAUAUAUUCCUCUAUGAAAAUUUUAAAAAAGAAAGACCCCUUCACUUCUUAUGCAGGUAUAGUUAUACCACCCAUCAUUUCGAAAGAUACAUCUUUCAAAGUGCAUUGCAAUAAUACAGAAUAUAAAGAAAUAGAAAAAAAUGCUGGGUAUAAUGGCAUAACUCAUAUACAUAUAGCAAAAAGCGAACCAGUUGGAGGAACUGGACUUGAUAGAGGAAAAAUUAAGGGCUGUGAUUUUUCCUCAUCGGCUAGUAGUAUAUUAACUGAGUCUAUAGAAUUAGUUAAUGGAGAAACAAAAGAAUGCACAAUAAAUAUUAGAAAUAAUGAACCUUUUGGUAUUAUAUGUAGCAAGGAUACAACUUUGUACCCUGAAACAUGUUUUCAUCAAAUUUAUGAUAAGUCGGAAAAUGUAAAAUCGUUUAAAGAGAUAAUACCAAAUAGUACUAUCCUCACUUUACAAAAUUCGAAUAAAAAAAUAGCAUAUGGUAAAAUACCACAAGAAUAUGUAAAUAAAUUUAUUUUUUCUUGUUCUUGUAAGAAAAGCGAUGACAAUACUAAAGGAACAAUGAAGGUAACAAUAAAUAAAGAUGCAACUGAUAUAGAUGAAUUGAAAGCAGUAACUGCUAAUACACAUGAUAAAAGUAACGUAUGCAACUUUUACGAUAAUGAAGAUCUAUCACUUAUUUCUAAUCCUGGUGAAGUCGUUUUAUGUAAAGUCGAAGGGCAAAUAUUUACGGAAGUGAUAGUACAGUUACCUGUAUUAGGUGAACAGAACACAGAUAAAGAAGAGUAUAAAAAAUUUUCUCUCAUUCCUCCAUUGGACCUUACAGGUGAUGAUAUUAAAGUAAUGGUUAAUGAUAGAACGGAAGUAUCUCUCAGUACAGCUUUAAAAGGAGUAUAUGGAAAUAGAGUUUUUACAUUUGAAAAAAAAGGAGUAAAGGGACAAGGAUUAAGUUUUUUCAUCCCACCUACUACUGAAGACGUUAAUUUAAAAAUUUCUAUUAACGAAAAGAAGGAUUCGUCUGAAGCUAAGCAAAGAGGGCUUAUACAUAUUUCUAUUAAAAAAAAUAUAGAAGUAAAUUCAGAAACUUAUAAAGUAUGCGAUUUCACAAAAGCGGAAAAUAAUCUAACUGAAUUGAAUAAUCCAUUAAAUAAUGAAAAAGAGUGUAAUGUAAUAAUAAAAAAAGGGGAUAUCCUUGGUAUUAUAUGUCCUAAAGGAUUUACUCUUUUUCCUCAAGCAUGUUUUAGUAAUAUCUUAUUAGAAUAUUACAAAUCUUCACCAGAAGAUGAUGAAGAUAUAAAUUACAUUAGUAAUAUAAAAUAUGAUUUAAAACUUAAAGAAAUUUUAUAUCAAAUGAAAGAGGAUAAUAAAGAAGAUGAACAGGUUCAUAAUUAUUAUUCCUACUCAUCAAAUAUAUUAGAAAAGCUAAAUUUUGAAAAUUACAAUUUAGGAAAUAUACCACUCGAUUAUAAAAAUCAUUAUACUUCUUCAUAUGCCAAGGUGCCAAACACAUUUAACAGUAUUUUAAAUUUUUCUUGUAAUUGUUAUAGUCCGCUUAAAAAUGUAUUCGGUACAAUGAACGUACAAACGGAAAAUGUCGACUUUGAAUCGUUAAACAAGAAAAAAAUUGAUCUCGUCGAAAAGGUGUUCUUCCCCUACAAGUAUAAAGUUAAUGCCGAUUUGGAAGAGGAAAAACGAGAACCAUUCAUAGCAACACAAGAUUACACUUCCACUUCUACUGGAAGGCAUGUCGAUAUGAUUCAGAAGUACCCGAAUGCUAUGCUAGGCCAGUCGGUUAACUAUUCGUGUGAUUACUCGGAUGAAUCGCUGUUCAGCUUAGUCGAAGGAAAACUGCAAAGGAACACGUGCAAAAUCAAUGCAAAGGGGUUAGACAUAGUUACUAUUAAAUGCUUGUACAAUAAAGAUGUAGUAUUGAAAGACACUUCCUCCGGAUUAAUUGCUGAAGAUAAAAAGGUAAUUGUUACUAUUGAUGAGAAGGAAUAUAUUACUCAUAUAAAUGAUAAGAAUAACUCGUUUACACUAAAAGAAAUAUACGUUAAAAACUUCUAUGGAGUUAGUCAAGAAGAAUUAAAAAAAUUAAGAAAAUUAGAAGAAGAUUGGCAAGAUUAUCAUAUCUUUUAUCCGCCAAAAGGUGUUGAAGAAGUUAUUGUAGACAACACAGUAGUCAAAUUAGUAGAUGCGUUACCAGGUGUUCUAUUCUUAAAAAACAAAUCAGAAAAGGAUCAGAAGAUAAAAACUACAAAAUUACCCAUUGAUGGUAUAGCUAGCUUUCUCGUACCUCCUUAUGUACAUAAAGAUUUAAAUUUUCAAAUUUUUUGUGGAAAGUCAUCAUCAAAAAAACCUAAAAAAAAGGAUACAUCGCUUGGUAUUGUGCACGUACAUAUAUCAGCAAAUAAAAAUGUAAUAAGCGGAUGCGAUUUUAUAAAUGAACAGAAUAGUCCUAAUUCAUUUUUGACACAUAAGAAAAAUGAAAAGAACGAGCUCAUGUGUGAAAUACCAUUAAUAUCUAAUACAGUCGUUGGGUUAAAUUGUCCAAAGGGGAAACUAAAACCUGUCAACUGCUUUAACGAUAUGUACUAUAUUGAAGAUGGAGUAGAAGAGGUAAACGCUACUGCUGAUAAGUAUGACAAGUAUGAAAGCACACAUAAAGUAAAGACUACUUCCGUAAUUGAACACGCUAUACCUAUAAACAAUGUAGAUGAUAAGGAAAGUACAUACUCUUAUUUAGUGUUACCAAACACUUUGAAGGACAUUAAGGAGUUAAAUAAAGUCUUUAUUUGUACAUGCGAUAAAAAUAUUGUAAAAAUGAAAAUUGACGAAAAUUUAGUAAAUAAAGAAAGUAAUAUAAUCGGUGAAAGUAAUGUUUGUACAUAUGAUCAUUCUAAGAAGGUUUCUACAUGUAAUAUUAUCAGUAGUAUGCAAAUGGAUGAACUAAAAAAUACUUCUCUUAUUAAAUACACAGCUAAUAUAUCCAGAUGGGAUAAGCUAAUUAUUAAGUACCCAACAAAUAAAAAAUUGAACUAUGAGAAAUGUUUUUUAAAUCCUUUAAAUUUAAAAGAAAAAGUGUUAUAUCAUAAUAUACCUACAAAUAUUGAGGAUAUAUUACCAGGUGCAAUCGUAUCUGAUAAAUAUGAUUCAAGGACUAAUAUAAGCGAAUAUAUUUUAAGAAUACCUCCUUAUGUUCCUAAAUCAGUUGAAUUUUCGAUUGAAUUUAAUAAUAGAUUCUCAUCAAUUACUCAAAAUCAAAAAAUACUUUAUGGUAAUAUGGUAAAGAUAUAUAUUAAUGUAAAUCAAGGCUACAAAGAAGUUAGUGGAUGCGAUUUUACAGGUAACUAUGCACAUUUAUUCUCUCAGUCUUAUAUACCUACUCCUAACGAAGUCAAAGAAUGCACAAUUACCUUUGGAAAUAAUAGUUUUGCUGGCUUUGCUUGCUUAAGUAACUACCAAGUAGAACCUGACAACUGCUUUACCUCUGUUUAUGAUAAUACGGAUAGUAAAAGAGUUAAAAAGAUUACGGAUUUAUCUGGAAAUUCUGAACAUGAUCAGGUCAAACAGAAUACUUUAGGAUAUACUCUUUCAUAUAUUACUCUUAAUGAUGAACCAAAGAAACUCAACUUUUCAUGCACAUGUGUUUCUAGUUAUUCUACGUACACUAUUAACAUAUUGUAUGAGCCGCAUCAUGAAAACUCAACCCUUACAACUAGAUCCUUCAUCAAGUACUUCAAUUCCAAGACGGGAGCAUUUUCCAAGUAUUUGAGAAAACCCUAA